GAUUGCAUCAGCUUAUUCAAUUUAUCAACAAAGUCAGUCCAUCAAAGUUUACAAGCAUAUAGAGGAGAACGCUGACGAAAUCAGCAAAGAUUUACCUUUCAGCAAAAAGCAUCUCUUGGGUAUUACAGUUUACUUUUGUCUUGUUCCAAACAAACCAGUUAGAAAGAUCAUGUGGUUAGCUAGGACGAAAAUAUUUUCAUUUGUGAGAUUAUACAUGGAAUAGUGUGGGUUUUCUUUAGUGACUCUAAUAUACAUUUUACAUUGGUUCGUGACUGAUCUUGAGUGAAAAUGAAAGUUCCACCAAUAAUUUUUAAAAAUGUUCAAACCUUUUUCUGCCAAACGAACCGUCCCAGUCGACAAGGUUCUCUCUCAUUUUCUGAUUAUCUUUUCACUGAUUAAUUGAUUGAUGCACCUUUUUUUAAUGAUCAUCUCUAAAUAUAGUGAUCGUCAGAUUGGCCUAUGUUUCCCUGGUAUUCGGAGUCAUCUCACUGUUGGUGAACCUGUUGCUUCUGGGAUCCUGUAGCUCAGUAAGUCCAACACACUAAUUCUAAGAGAUUCUGAGAUUUUAGCACGUAACAUAAAAGGGAAUUUUAUAGGACAGAUAAUUCCAAGGACAAAUGUACGAGCAUAUUUUAGCGUUGAACGGAGCCUGUUGUGUUUGUUAUCAUUAAAAUAUUUUUUGCAACUUUCAAAGGACGGGAAAAUGUUUACGAACAGCUUGCUGUUUGCUUCGUGAGAUGUUCACUUUUCAGAGCUCUUUGGUACGACUUUAUGAACAAACAAACCUCUCAUCUUGUAACAAUACCUAGACGCUCUUUCGUCUUGAAUUCAGUUAUGAAUAAAUACCUUCAUAGUCCUUGAUGUAUGGUUUGGAAAAUGGGGAGUAUUACGGUUAUAUGAUGCGCUUAGACCAAUAGCGUGCCAGAAAAGCUUUGAUAGUAGUGUAUUCGAAUGAUAAUCUCACAUUAAUUCAAAACUUAAAAAAUAAAAAUGGAAAAAAAAGGUUUAUAUGACUGCAAAACACAAAUCAUCAAAUUAAUUUGUGGUUUUCGCUUCAAAUCGACGAUUUUUCUUUUUGAUUCGACCCAAACAGUCGCAGCUUGGAGCGUUGACUUUUUAUUUAAUUAUUUGUUAGUUUAUUGAUCAUCGUUCUUUUUCGUCGCAGGGUGACAAGCGUUUGGCAUUUCCUUGGCUUGGGUGGAGCAUAUUCCAGCUCUUUUUCAGUUUUGGAGUGAUGAUAUUUUACAUUGCCAUCUGGGAGGGGGUAAAUUGAAACAACCUUUUUUUUUAUGAAUUACUAAGAAAGAGUUUUUCAACAAAUUUAACUUGAUUUCUGUUUCCUUCUAUGUUACAGUUUGCCGCCUUCUUACUUAUCGCGAGCAUUGCAUGGUUGCUUUCGGUAUGUUCUAUUUCAGUCUUAAAGCAAUUUCUUUUUGAGAGUGGAAAAAAAACUCGAAAUUGGAUUGAUUUUGCCUUGGCUCUGUGAUUGGUUCAGAAACCUCACGCCGCUAAGCAACAAGACGCAAAAUUAAAACUAAUCACGACUUAGUCGCCCUGGUUUUCCCGAGCUUCAGGCACUCCAGUUGUUUUUACCUUAAUUUAUAGCUGCCACUUCUAAGUAUUUUCAUUUUUUCUGAUUACUUGGCCGGUUUUGGUUUUACCACACUCAGUUGAAAAGCACUCUCCUCUCCUGUUCAUUUUACUACAUAAUCUUAAAUUGAUGAUGGCCUGGGUCUGAACUCAUCGCCUCCCUUUUUUUUCUCCAAGAUCUACUUCAUCGUGGUGGUGUAUUCGUACAUCGAAGCCCUUCGUGAAGAUCCUUCGGGAACGAGUGCAGGAUUUUCUCCCCCUCUGCCAGGCGGUAACCAAACCCAGAGGGUAAUUACAUUUCCGUUGCUGUAAUGCUACAUGACCUUCGCAGUCAAAUUCGCUAUGAAUAUUUUUGUGUUACUGAGCAAAAGUACGCUACGAUAGCAGAUGAACUAGCAUUCCAUUUAAAGGAAAAGGUAGUCGCUCUUCGACUGCCGAAGUUAUUAAUAAUGGUAAUGGGUGCGAGAGGAGUCCAAUUCAGUCUAUAAUCCUACGAGUGAUUGAGAAAAUCGGACGACCGCGAAGCUAUCAAUCUCGUGAUUUAUCAAUCACGAGUAUGAUUACAAACACAAUUGGACAUCACAAAGUCCUGUUACCGAUAUAUCAUAACCAUUACAAUUUCCAGAGAAAAACCAAUACAUUUAGGACAAACCUCUCCGCUAGAGACAAUGUCUUAAGUAAAAAAAUUCUUCAGACUGGUAGACGUAUCCAGACUGAUAGUUCGACUUGAGAAUUCUUUUAUCCGAACAAUUACUUUUCCUGCGAAGCAAUUUUUAGCUAUGUAGUGGCUAAGUUCAAACUGCUCACUUCUCUGCCUCUCAGUUUACCUUGAGCUGCGCUUUCAGAAUGGUCAACUGGUUUUCCUAAGAGUGAUUGAUAUUUUUUCUCAACAAUUAACAAUCCAUUUCAAGAGAUUAUAAACUAUGUUCUCUCGUCUACUUAUUCUAUUUGGGAAUGAAAUUUAAGUAAACCAAUGACCACGUUGUAACCUGUAAGAAAGAAACAAAGCCAACUAGAGUUCGAGCCAGUCAGCAAGGUGAGCACGCAAGAGAUCUAUUAGGGUACUGCUUAGGAACCUCUCCCACGCGCGCUCAUAUCGUUUGCUAGCUCGGAAUGCGCAGUCCGCCUCUCGCGUCACACUGCCGAUGAGAGCAUCCUCGUAAGCUAACCACAGAAUAUGUAUAUAUAUAAAGUGUAAAAUUUUGACUUUCGUAAAACAGUGCUCAAUAUAUAGGAGAAGAGCGAUGUAUAUAUAUAGUUUGUCUAGUUUGAGCACUCUGGCAUGGCUUAGAUGAUUCCACAUAUGUGAGAUCACUUGGGGUGGCUCUAUGGCCUUACCUCCAUCCUAGCAUCAGCACUGCACUGAUGAAGCCCAGAAGGCCGAAACAGUACUGUCUGCAGUUAGUUAUAUAUAUCAAAAUUUAUUUUUUCUCAUUUAUACCAAAAUAAGAUCAAGCGAGCCCAGUUGUAAUGAUUUAUCGAAGAAGUUUUUUUUUCGCUAAUUUUCUAAUUUUUAAAAUUUUUUUUUAUCUUUUUACAGGCUGGAAUGGGACCCCCUCCAUACGCAGUAUCCCAGAAGGGCACUGUGUAAAUUCAGCAGAAGAUUGUGACUGUCCCAAGAGAUUACUGAUCACCGUUUUAAUUUAAAAUAAGUUAUUAGAGAGGCUAAAAAACUUGAACUGAGUAUAGCUGUAGAGAAUAUUUUACUCUGAUUUAAAGCAAGUAGGAUUAAGGGAUCGGUCAAUAUUUACCGUCUGGGGGUGGGUCAGAGGAGUUUGGUUGUGUCACAAUAAAAUUUAACCCCC